AUAGAGUGAGUCAUUCUCAAAAUGGCAGAGAUUCUGUCAGUAUGAAGUGAAACUUUCCUAUUUUUAGCGCUUGAAAGCUCUUUAAUUUCUCUCGGUUUUGAUGAAUAUUGUCGAGGACACAUCGAUAUAAAUAGCUGUUAAUAAUAACAGCGUCUGUCUUCGGUCCACACGACCGACUAAUUUCGUUGGAUAAGGAUUUUAAUGGCGAAAGGCUGGCUUCCCUCCGAAGUUGACGCUAGCCAGUGCCUGUCAUCAUAGCCAAACAGAUUGUUGUUGUCAUUUGCACACGGGACCGUGUGACUAGACCACUGGCUACUCGCUAAGUUAGUUUACUAAACUAGCUUCCUUGGAUAGCGAUAGCCAUCCGAUUUUUUUCUUUUAGGGAUUGCCUUGCAUCUUAUCUGGUUCAGGUCAGGGCUUCCGUCCCUAUUUCGUCGUCACCUGUCACCAGUCGCUGGUUGAUGCCAGUCAAUGUGUGCACUGUCACAACCUAUUUGUUUUGCUAGCACCACCUGACCUGGCAAAUCAAUGGACAAGCUUCAGGACCUCAGCCAAUCCGAGCUCGAGGAGCUGCUGGACAACGCAGAUCGGGUGGAGUCUAUGGCAUUGGAAUCAGAUGAGAUCCAGAACAUACAACUAGAGAGAGAGAUGGCUCUAGCCUCAAACCGCAGCCUGGCUGAGCAGAACCUGGACGUGAAGCCUGCUCUGGAGAAGCAGAGGGAGAGGCUGGUGGAGAGGUACUCCCAACUGGAGAGCGUCAGAGAGGCCUACAGACAGCACUGCAGUCUCAGAGACGGGAUUGUGGGCCAAGUGUCUCCCGAGGGGCUGUUCACCAGACUGCAGACAGAGGGCGCCAACACCGAGGCAGAGUCUGAGGCACUGGCAGACGGGUUCCUGGACGGCGCUCUUCCUCUCGACACGUUCCUCGAGCAAUUCCUCGCCCUCCGCUCCCUCGCUCACAAGAGACGAGUGCGGAUCGAGAAGCUGCAGGACAUGCUCCGACAGAGGAGUGAAGACGCCGCCUCCGACGCCGCCCAGGGCGCCAUGACAUCAUCGCAAGCAUCAGCCAAUCAGGACCCCUCAACACCAUCGCCGUGGAAUAACCAAACGCAUCAUCAGCCAGCCCCGGGUUCCCAGCCGGCCAAUCACAGCAGCUUCCAGAAUGCCACGCCGAAUGCCGGUGCAGGCGCCGCCCUCCCUUACACCCCUUACCCUGUCUCCCCUCCAAACCCAGCCCCCUCCGCAGCCUCCGGCGGCCCAGGCCAAGGCCCGGCCAAUCCCCCUGCUCAAUUCCCUCCUUACCCCAGCCCCGGCUCACCCUUCACCCCUGCGGCCGGCUACGCUGCGCGGCCUGGCUUUGGGCCCCCCGCCUGCCCCUACCCCACCCAGCCCACCUUUCCCGGCCCCCCCGGCCCAGCGUUCAGGCCGUACGGUUCCCCCAACGCCGGCCCCUACCCCUCAGCCUACCCCUAUGGAGGGGGGUACAGCUACCCCACUGGUCCCGGCCUGCCCAGCACUCAGUCCCCCACUGGGAAGCCAAUGUAUCGGCCCGGAUACGGAGUACCCCAGCCCUACUCCUGAAUCUCCUCAUCUUGUCUCCUUCCUCCUUCCUUCCUUCUCAUCCUCCUCUCACUCUCUGUCAUCACGAAGGCACAAGCUGUUUGAUC